AUGGCUUUGCCAAAGAGAAUAAUAAAGGAAACUGAGCGCCUGAUGGCCGAGCCUGUCCCGGGCAUCGAUGCAGUUCCCCAUGAAGAUAAUUUGCGAUAUUUCGACGUUAAAAUACACGGCCCGUCCCAGUCCCCAUAUGAAGGUGGAAUAUUUUCUCUGGAAUUGUUUUUGCCGGAUGACUAUCCAAUGACACCACCAAAAAUCCGCUUCUUGACAAAAAUAUACCACCCGAAUAUAGACAGACUCGGUAGAAUCUGCCUCGAUGUAUUGAAGAAUAAUUGGUCACCUGCCCUCCAGAUUCGCACAAUUCUUUUAUCGAUCCAGGCUUUAUUAGGCGCACCGAAUCCGGAUGACCCACUAGCAAAUGAUGUUGCUCAGCGUUGGAAAGAAGACGAGCCAGCAGCCAUUGAAACUGCGAGAGAAUGGACAAGAAAACACGCCACUCCGGCAUAA